AAAACUUGCACACGUCUCCUAUCAGAGAGAAAAAUCUGCACACGUCUCCCAUCCGAGAGGGAUUUUUAAAGCCGUGGUGGGCUUUAAAUGCGCACAAAGUUUUCUACCAGUGAAUCUCCAUACUAUCUACUGAACGUCACCAAGUGCAGCGAUGAAACGAACACUGUUGGUUGGUGUUCUUGCCGUACUGUGUGGGCUUGCCGCCUCACAACACGAAGAUCACGACCAUGAGCAUGGACAAGACCCUUUCUCCGCCGUUCUACAUCUACUAGGAGGAGAUGAAAACCAGAACCUGACGUCGGACAUGUCCACUUCGCUCGUGAAGACGAUGUUGGACCGGGUGCGGUGCCCAAGACUGGAAGGACACGAAGAAAGCAAUUUCACCUGUGCUGAGUGUCUGACGGCCGAUGGCUUGAUCCAGCUAUCUCUUGGCGAGUCGACCGACACCGUAGAUGAGGAAGGCUUCCACAAGAUGGCCGUGGUACUGACUGUCUACCUCACGGACCUGUCUAAGAACGGCGUCUGUACCGAGGGCGAGGGUUACCAGGCGAUGGAGAACAGGCUUCUGCGGUACACACAAAGCAAGUUCACUCUGAGCAGCUACAAACAAGUCCUGAAGGACAUCAACACCAACUAUCGCGUGCUGAACUGGGGCAAGUGUUUCACUGCAGAGUCCGUGUUUGAGGAACUCCGCAUCAACACCAGUGAAGCAAGUGGAGGAGCAUCUUCCGAAGAGCUGAGGGAGAUAGCAGCAAUAACUGUGGCUAACGUACUGGAGGGGCUGUGUAUAGGGGAGGCCGAGCUACCAGAGAAAAGCUUCUUCUUGGACAAUCUUUUCGAAAGUCUCAACGGAACCAAUGGCACAAUCACAGUUGAGGCUCUUGGGUACAUCCUGUCUUCGUUUGGUAUCGGUGGGAAGGCGCAGCCCGAACCGGUGGAGGACGAUGGGCACGACGACCAUGACCAUGCGGGGCACGACCACAGACGGAGACGCGAAUCGCCAGGGGAAGACGAACGUGAUCACGAUCACGAUCAUGCAGAGGACUUCGAUCACACUUGCUUCAGUUCAGCCCAGUUGAUGAAGCUGUUUCUGGUGGAGGAGGAGAUGGGGGUUACCCGUGACCAGUUCAGCGUCAUGGCACCGGCACUUCUACAGCAGGCCUACAGCAGGGUGUGUGUGGCGGAAACACCGACCUCUAACACAACCGCUCCUGUCAGAGAGCUCACCGCGCUGGAAAAGUACGGGUACGGGACGCUGUCUGUCUUUAUCAUCAGCCUGUUGGCGCUGAUCGGCCUGUUGGUGCUGCCCAUGGUCGAAUCCAGCGCCUUCAAGUUCAUCGUGCAGUUCGGGGUUGGUUUGGGGGUCGGUGCGCUGUCAGGGGACGCGCUCCUGCAUCUACUGCCAGAGGCCGUCGGUCUGCAUGACCAUGGCGAUCACACAGACCACGCUGACCAUGCAGACCACGCAGAAGAAGACAAGUCCUACAUGUGGAAGUUCCUGGUCACCCUGGGCGGCAUCUAUUUCUUCUUCGUCUUUGAACGAGUGAUGAGUUUCAUCAUGCCUGGUGGUGGACAUCACGAGGAGGGGCCAGUGGCUGAGGACGUGCAGCUGAAAAAGAUCGGCCAACUUCCGACAGAAGAACCGAUCAGGGGUCUCAGGAGCCACUCUAUCUCCAAGCAACAAUUGACUAAUGGAGAAAGCACCACAACGCUGGACCCCGAGAUGACAGGAGCGGACACUCCAAACUGCUUCUGCACAGGAUGCAGCCCUACUGCGGUGAUGAUCAUCAUCGGCGAUGUGAUGUGCAAGUUCACGGACGGCCUGGCCCUGGGCAUCACCUUCAGUGGGAAUCUGGGCCUCGGCCUCUCCACUGCCAUCGCCGUCCUGGCGCACGAGCUGCCUCAUGAACUUGGUGACUUCGCCAUGCUGAUCAGGUGCGGCAUGAGCUACAAGUCCGCCGUGCUGUGCAACGUGUUCUCAGCCUGCUGGAGCUUUGUCGGGCUGUACAUCGGACUGGCCAUCGGGGCCAGCUUCGAGAACGGGUGGCUCUACGCUCUCGUCGCCGGCAUGUUUCUCUACGUGUCGUUGGUUGAAAUGCUGCCCAAACUGCUGUACCACAAGUCCAAGUCACCCAUAGCGACGUUCGUGGUACAGAACAUCGGCUUUCUGAUGGGGGUGACCGCUCUGACGCUGAUCGCCCUAUACGAGGAACAGAUACAAAUGGCAAUCACUCUCGAAUAAUGGACCAAUCCAGGGAGGACCCCCCACCCCCCACCCUGUUCUAUUUCGAACACC